CGGGGGCGCGCGCUGGCGGGCGCCGGCCAUAUUGAAUCGCGCCGGUGUGGUUGAGGCGGCGCGGGGGCAUCGCACGAGAGGCGACGGCGACGAGCUCCGCGGCUCGGUCGCCGCCACAAACCCGCCGGUUUGGUCCCGCCGUGACAGCCGCGCCGCCUCCCCCCCGCCCUCUCCGACCCCGUCUCCCGCUCUAUCGUGGGUCGCGGCCGCCGCCCCCGCCAUGGCGGCCGCGACGCCGCUGGGCGCGCGGAGCCGGGGCUCGGCCGCGGCGGCGCUGAGCCCCACGCGCAUCUCCCGGCUGCAGGAGAAGGAGGAGCUGAGGCAGCUGAACGACCGCCUGGCCGUCUACAUCGAGAAGGUGCGGAGUCUGGAGGCGGAGAACAGGGGCCUGCAGGAGCAGAUCACCGAGCGCGAGGAGGUGCGCUGCCGCGAGUUCACCGGCUUGAAGGCGGUGUAUGAGGCCGAGCUGGCCGACGCCCGCCGGGCGCUGGACGACACGGCGCGGGAGCGGGCCAAGCUGCAGAUCGAGCUGGGCAAGAUCCGCGCCGAGUACGAGCAGCUGCUGGGCAGCUAUGCAAAAAAGGAGUCUGAUCUUCACGGAGCCCAAGUCAAACUUAGAGAAUUUGAAGCAGCCCUCAAUUCUAAAGAAGCUGCCAUGGCCACAGCCACUGGGGAUAAGAUAAGUCUCGAGGCAGAAGUUGAGGAUUUAAAAGAUCAAAUUGCACAGCUUGAAGCUUCUCUAGCUGCUGCCAAGGAACAGCUUGCAAAUGAAACCUUACUGAAGGUGGACCUGGAAAACCGUUGUCAAAGUCUCAUUGAGGACUUGGAGUUCCGUAAAAAUAUGUAUGAGGAGGAAAUCAAUGAAACAAGAAGGAAACAUGAAACUCGCUUAGUUGAGGUUGAUUCUGGGCGUCAAAUUGAAUAUGAACAUAAGCUGGCCCAAGCCCUUCGUGAAAUAAGAGAACAGCAUGAUGUACAAGUGAAGCUAUACAAAGAAGAGCUUGAACAGACUUACCUUGCUAAAAUUGAGAAUGCUAGACUGUCCUCAGAGAUGAGCAAUUCUGCAGCCAACUCAAUAAGAGAAGAACUCAAUGAAAGUCGCAUACGAAUUGAUAAUUUGUCAUCCCAUCUCGCCAGCCUUCAGAAAGAGUCCAGAGCAUGGCAGGAUAGAGUGCAAGAGCUUGAGGACAGCUUGGCCAAGGAGCGUGAGAACUGUUGCAAAAUGCUGUCCGAGAAGGAGAAGGAAGUGGCAGAAAUAAGAAAUCAAAUGCAAGAGCAGCUGAGUGACUAUGAACAACUUCUGGAUGUUAAACUGGCACUUGAUAUGGAAAUCAAUGCAUACCGGAAAUUGCUGGAGGGUGAAGAAGAGAGGUUGAAACUUUCUCCAAGCCCAUCUUCCCGAGUGACAGUUUCACGAGCUUCAUCGAGCCGUAGCGUGCGUACUACCAGAGGGAAGAGGAAGAGGAUUGAUGUGGAGGAAUCUGAAGCUAGCAGUAGCGUUAGCAUUUCCCACUCAGCUUCUGCUACUGGCAAUGUCUCUAUUGAGGAGAUAGAUGUUGAUGGAAAAUUCAUCUGCUUGAAGAACACCGCUGAUCAGGAUCAACCUAUGGGAGGUUGGGAGAUGAUCCGAAAAAUAGGAGACACUUCUGCCAGUUACAGAUUUACCUCAAGAUAUAUACUAAAGGCAGGCCAAACUGUUACAAUCUGGGCUGCAGAUGCUGGAGUGACUGCUAGCCCUCCCACUGACCUCAUCUGGAAGAACCAGAAUUCUUGGGGCACUGGUGAAGAUGUGAAAGUUGUACUGAAAAAUUCUCAGGGAGAGGAGGUUGCUCAAAGAAGCACUGUCUUUAAAACAACUAUGUUUGAAGGGGAAGAGGAGGAAGUUGAGGAAGAAGCAGCUGACGCUGCGGAAGAAGAGCUUUACCACCAGCAGGCAGGCCCAAGGACAUCGAACAGAGGCUGUGUGAUCAUGUAAACUUCCAGUCAGGCAGGUUCAUCAAAUUGUGAUAAUCCUUGGGUACAGAACAGAGCCUUCUCAGAAGCACAACAUAUUUUUGUAUUUUCUGUAUGUGAAUUUUUAAACUGCCAGUCUGAUGGCCUUAAUUUCCUUUGCCAUUGAAAACGAAGCUUUGUAAAAGAAGCACCUGAUUUUCUUGCAGGAUGUGAAUUGUUAACUCUGAUGUCCCUGUCUCAAAUUCAUAUGCCAGGUUUUUUUAUUGAAACUUUGCUGGAAUAGAAAUAUUCCACUGUUUUGGGGAUCGAUUUUUCUUAGCUUGACCACCCUAGACUAGCCAGUUGCUGUUGACCUCUUCAUUUCUUUAGGUGCUGUUGGCUAUGGGGAAGGCAUUUUCGAUACUGUGAACACUUUUAUACUGGAGACUUUUUUUUUUCCUACAGCACAAUCAAGGCUGUAAAACUUUUUUUAUAGGAAAGAACAGCUUUGUUGUAAAAAAAAAAAAAUAAAAAAAAACUAACAAAACUAAGUGAAAACAAAAAACCACACAGAUGAAAAACCCCAUGGCCUGACUGAUGGUGUAAGCACUCAGAGGAUGAGGGAUGCAGUAAAAUUCCUUAUUGGUACUCUUUUUCUUAUAUAGAUUUCUUAUUCUGGAAGAAGAUUCAUGUUAAUCAUAUUAGUUGUGUUGUUAAAAUAGUCUAACUAGCUUAAAUUUUCUUAUGUGAUUUUUAACGAAUAGGAGUUGUUUUAAUAUGGAUUGUCUUGCUUGUUUACAAUUUGUAGGAACAAAACUAAGUCUUUUAGGGGUCUAGUCUACAUUUGUAUUGAAACAAUUGUAAUUUUGUCAAUAUGGAAAGUUUUCCUGUCAUUUCUGCAUUAAUCUAAUGUCUGAAA